AUGUCUCGCAUGUGGGAGGUCGACCCAGAGACGAGGACAAAGCUCCUCCAAAUCUCCAAGACGAACGGCAACGACAGGUGCUGCGACUGCGGCGCCCCCUCGCCUCAAUGGGCCUCCCCAAAAUUCGGCACGUUUAUCUGCCUCAAUUGCGCCGGCAUACACCGCGGCCUGGGUGUGCACAUCUCCUUCGUCCGCUCAAUCACCAUGGACGCCUUUAAGAACGCCGAGAUCCAGCGCAUGGAACUGGGAGGCAACGAGCCCUGGAAGUCCUUCUACGACGCCCACCCCGUGCCCACUUCCGAAGGCCGCACCUUCGAAGACUCCACUAUCAAAGAGCGCUACGAGGGCGAUGCCGGCGAAGAGUGGAAAGAGCGUUUAUCGUGUAAGGUCGAAGGCCGCGAAUACGUCCAGGGCCAGGAGAAGAAGAAUAAUAACAACGGCAAUGCGAGUCGGUCUAACACGAGUACGCCUAUGAGUCUUGGUGGUGGGCGCGCUGGAUCACCCGCUGCGUCGUCUAUUCGGUCUGAUGGACGGGGUGGUGCUGGUGCGGGAGGAAAGAAAGAGCAGAAUGAAGCUUACUUCGCGAAGCUGGGUUCUGAUAAUGCGACCCGCUCGGAUAAUCUGCCUCCGUCGCAGGGUGGCAAGUUUACGGGCUUUGGUGGUGGUGGCCCUGUGCCGUCUGCUAGUGAGAAGCGGUCUUCGACGUUUGGGGGGUUUGGAGGAUGGGGUGGUGGCGGCGGUCAAUUCGAUGAUCUUCAGAAGGAUCCUAUGGGCACGCUCACUAAGGGUUUCGGGUGGUUUACUUCUACUGUUGGGAAGGGCGCUAAGCAGGUUAAUGAUUCUUAUCUGCAGCCUACGGCUAAACAGCUGGCUGAAUCCGACUUUGCGGCUCAGGCGCGUGUUCAUGCGUCGACCUUUGGUCAGAACCUGCAGACUGGAGUUCGCGGCGCGGCUGAUCAGUUCAACAAGUUUGUCGAGGGCGAUGAUGGACGAGGUGAAUACCAACGUACACGCAUGGAACCCGAACGCCGCGAUUUCUGGGAUGAUUUCUCGACUCUAGGCUCGCAGGAGCCGGCUGGCCAUCGUCGCAGUGGAUCACAGCGCUCUCAACGGUCUGAUGUUGUUGGCACUGCUGCUAUGCGGAAGGGUCCUACGACUUCGUCGUUGGCUAACUCGACGCCUGCCUCGGCUGGUGCUGAACAUGCGGAUGGUACUACAGCUGCAUCGACUGGCAAGGGAAAGGACGAGUGGAAUGAUAACUGGUAG